AUGGCGCUUCUGAGUCUAUUUCCCCUCAGUUCAGAGGGAUGGAAGCUGCUCAUCGGACUCUUCGCUCUUUUGUCCGCAGGUAUCCUCUCGCGAUCUCUCGGCGCCUUGCGACGAAGGAAGCGCGCCACUUAUGGCAACAAGUCAGUUACAAAAAGCCAUGGAAGGCUCAAACAGGACUCCGAUUCAUGGCAAAUGCCUAUCCCCAAUCCUUACCCCGACUGGUCCAUCGAAGAAACAAAGCCACUCCCUUAUCGCGCGUUUCGAUAUGGUCCGAAGUACAACGUCACGAUGGGGCUUCGCUCCAUUCAUCCAGAAGAAUGGAUUGAACUCGAUAACCACUUUCCCAAAUAUCAUGCCGACAAGACAGCUCGGAUCCGGGAGAGAGCCGAGAAAUGCUAUGGGACUGCCCCCGAGGCCUAUCCAGCAGCUAUGGAGCUAUUAGAGGAGCUGGUUCAGUAUCUGCCUGCACGAUACCCUACGCUCUUCAAACGGACUGCUGUGGGAAUCGACAAUAAAUGGUCCGGAGAGUCUUUUAACAUCGUUGAGACCCCUCUCAAAGAGGACCCUAUGGCUAUAGCUGCCAAGCUGGUCCAGGACGACCUCGCCAUCAUGAUGGAGCGACCAGAUGGUAAAUACUACCUUCUUGCCGGGGCCAUCCUCCUUGCGGGCUUUUGGAGGCUGAGCGACAAGUUUGGCAUGUCUCUCGAGGAAAUUCAUACUUCAGGCGACGUGCCUCAUUACAAGGAAAAGCUACACAACGGCAUGUCCAGCUUCUUCAAGCGUCUACGCUGCGACCAGGUUUACUCUCGCAACAAUUACUUCAUUCAAGUUGACGACUCGCUGCCUUGGAGCUGGAGUAUCGGUGAAGAAGAUAGUCCGGUUGUCAGCUGGAGUACAGCUGAGAAAAACAGGGCUAUCGAGCAUCACUACUUUCGCUCGGAGAGACAAUCUUUACGUCGACUUCCUAAGAGUAAGGCGAUUGUAUUUACGAUUCGCACCUACUUCCAUCCCAUCACAGAGUUAGCUUCAGAGAAGUACGUUCCUGGCAGGCUGGCAAGCGCGAUACGCAGCUGGGACGAGAAAGUUGCCGAUUACAAGGGACGAGAAAAAUACGAGACAGUGUUAUUGGAGUAUCUUGACAGCGAGCAUCAAAAGCAACUGGCUCAAGGGUUGGACUUGGAAAAGGAGGACGAAGUUCGACGGUAUCCAUGGUGA